UCCUGUCAUUCCUGUUUGUUUAUUAUUGUUUUAUUUUUUAUUUUAAUUAGUUUGGUUUGGUAGUGGUAGAUUCAUGGAAGGUUACCUUAUUAAAAUUAAACUAUACUAUAAUACAAAACAACACCCAUGAGUGAGUGUAUGUGAGCAAGAGAUCGACAGAAUGGCAGAGCUACCACCUGACCCAUUGUUCACUCUCCGAGGAGAUAUGGGGGCAGUUCACAGUCUUCUCUUCCAUCUGACUGAAGAUGCUGAGUAUCUGUAUGCAUCGACUCAAAGUGGCCUCGUCCACAAAUGGAACCUUAAGAGCUGCAGAGAAGAAUCAAAAUUAAAAAUCAGCGAGGAGGCUUGUUUGUCCUUAACCUACUUCCGGUAUAAACUUGUGUCUCAAGAAAAAGGAGGAGGAAUAAAAAUUUGGAAAGAAGAUAAACACCCAAUCCUAGAAAAAACAAUACCUCUCGAUUACUGGGGCUUUUGCAGGUUUGGCAUUUCAGAUUCAAAAUAUAUUGUUUGUCCUGAAUCUAGCUCAUCAAUAAAAGUGAUAAACUUUGAAGGUGACUUAAUCCAAACUUUGAAACCGCCGUGUAGUGAAAAAUUAGGUGAAAUAAUGGCGCUAAAGUGUUUAAACUUGAGUGAUAAAAGCUACAUUUUUGUGUUGUAUGAAAGUGGCUUAUUGACACUAUUCAGCUGUGAUACCGGCUGCGAAGUGACUUCUUGUAAAGUGAGUUCCGACUGUCCGAUGGCUUUGGAUUUUGACGGGUGUUCCAAAUGUGUCGUAGGCGGCAGUGGGGAUUCUAUCCUCGGGUUUGAACUUACCAAAGGAUUGGAACUGAUAAAGUGGAAGGAGACGAAGAUCACCAAUCCUGGCGUAAGUUGUCUCGCAAUAAGGCCUGAUAAGAGGCUACUGGCUGCCGGCUGUUGGGAUGCACGGGUAAGAUUGUUCUCUAUGAAGACUUUAAAACUACUCGCCGUCCUUGUUAAUCACAAAGACACAAUCCACGACAUCCGCUAUUCACCAGCCAGGGUGCGGGCUUGGGAUGUGGAAUGGUUGUUGGCCGUGGCGGGCAAAGACGGUAGAGUGACUCUGUGGAACUUGUACUGAUCAAUUUUUUUUUAAUUAUAAACUUUGUAUGGAUUAGUUA